UAUACUAAGGGGUUCUUUCUUGACAGCGAGAAAAACUACAGCCAGCAUGCAAUGACUUUGGCUUUCUCCUAUCAGUAACGAAUGCUUAUUUUAUUAUCCCUCGUAAAAUGCUUGUAGUUUUUAAAUACUCCGUUAUUCUUAUGGUUUCUGUUACAGUAUAUUAAAUAUUUCGUAAUCAUGUUCAGACAAACUAGCGCCAUUAUUAAAAGACUUAGAAUUUUAAGUCGACAUCAUGCAUGGAGGUACCGGAGCACAUCUGCCACUCAGAGAGCAGUGCUGUAUAAACCAGGGCAGCAAAUCCACGGCUUCACUGUUACACAGGUGACGGCCGUUCCAGACUUGUGCCUGACGGCCGUGAAGCUGGCCCACGAUAAAACCGGAGCCCAGUAUCUUCACGUAGCCCGGGAUGACUCCAACAAUCUCUUCAGUGUUCAGUUCCGCACCACGCCGAUGGACAACACCGGGGUCCCUCACAUCCUGGAGCACACGGUGCUCUGCGGGUCAGCGAAGUACCCCUGCCGAGACCCCUUCUUCAAGAUGCUCAACCGCUCCUUGUCCACAUUCAUGAACGCCUUCACAGCGAGCGAUUACACGAUGUACCCGUUCUCCACGCAGAACGCCAAGGACUUCCGGAACUUGCUCUCCGUCUAUUUGGACGCUGUCUUUUUCCCCUGCCUCCGAGAGCUGGACUUCCGGCAGGAAGGUUGGAGGUUGGAGAACGAGGAUCCCACUGACCCGACGUCCCCUCUGGUCUUCAAAGGCGUCGUCUUCAACGAGAUGAAGGGAGCCUUCUCAGACAACGAGAGCAUCUACGCUCAGCAGCUGCAGAACCGGCUCUACCCGGACCACACAUAUGCCGUGGUGUCAGGCGGGGAGCCCCUGGCCAUCCCGGAUCUGACCUGGGAUCAGCUGAGGAGCUUCCACGCCACACACUACCACCCCAGCAAUGCACGGUUUUUCACUUAUGGAGACCUGCCCCUGGAGCAGCACCUGCAGCAGAUCCAUGAGGAGGCGCUGUCCCGGUUUGAGCGCAUCAAGCCCGACACGGCCGUGCCUCCCCAGCCCCGUUGGGAGCAGCCUAGGGAGCAUCAUGUGACCUGCGGGUCCGAUCCUCUGGCCCCUGAUCCAACCCGACAGAACACUCUGUGUAUGAGCUACCUUCUGGGAGACAUCACAGAUACGUUCGAGACCUUCACGCUGAGUCUGCUGUCCUCACUGAUGGUGUCGGGACCAAACUCUCCAUUCUACAAGGCGCUGAUCGAGCCCAAGAUGGGGACGGACUUCUCCUCCGUUGUGGGGUAUGAUGGCAGCACCAGGCAGGCGUCCUUCACCGUCGGCCUGCAGGGGAUGGCUGAAUCGGACAUCGAGAGGGUCAAGAGCAUCAUCUGUCACACCGUCGAUGACAUCAUCGCUGACGGCUUUGAAGAGGAGAGGAUCGAAGCACAACUUCACAAGAUCGAAGUACAGAUGAAGCACCAGUCGGCGAAUUUCGGGCUUGCCUUGGCCUCUUACGUCGCCCCCUGCUGGAACCACGACGGAGACCCGGUGCAGCUCCUGCAGAUCGGCGAUAACGUGGCAAGGUUGCGGCAGAGCCUGAAGGACAACCCGCGUUACCUCCAGGACAAGGUCCGGGUCUACUUCAAGGAAAACACCCACAGGCUGACGCUGUCCAUGAGCCCAGACGAGUCCUACUUCGUGAAGCGGGCUGAAGCUGAGGAGCUGAAGCUGAAGCAGGCGACGGAGGGCCUGUCGGAGCAUGAUAAGGAGGAGACCUACCAGAACGGUUUACAGCUGCUGUCCACUCAGAGCCAGUCGCAGGACGCCUCAUGUCUCCCUGCCCUAAAGAUCUCGGACAUUGAGCCCAUCAUCCCGGCCACACCUGUACAGAUGGGGCGUGCAGGCGGGUUACCGGUGCAGUAUUGCGAGCAGCCGACCAAUGGCGUGGUGUACUUCAGGGCCCUGUGCAGCCUCAACACCCUCCCAGAGGACCUCAAAAUAUACGUUCCACUGUUCUGUAACGUCAUCACCAAGCUGGGCUGUGGAGAUUUAGACUACCGCCAGCAGGCCCAGCUCAUGGAGCUGAGAACCGGGGGCAUGUCCGUCUGCCCGCACGUCGUCUCAGACAUCGAAGACCUGGAUGCGUACGAGCAGGGAAUUCUGCUGUCAUCUUCAUGCCUGGACAGGAACCUGCCAGAAAUGUUUCAGCUGUGGAUGCGAAUAUUUGACAGCCCCCACUUUGACGACGUAGAGCGUCUCCGCGUGCUGGUCAUGGCAGCAGCCCAGGAGCUGUCCAAUGGGAUCGCUUACUCGGGUCACAUGUACGCCAUGGCGCGGGCAGCCCGCACCCUGAGCCCCGUGGGAGACCUGCAGGAGACCUUCGGUGGGAUGGACCAGGUCGCAUUUAUGAAGCGCAUCGCCGAGCAGCCGGACCUCACCGACGUCCUCCGGAAGCUUCCGCGACUCAAGAGGCACCUCCUCAGCACAGAGAGCAUGAGGUGCGCCCUGAAUGCUGCCCCCCAGACCAUGUCGGCGGCGGCGGCCCAGCUGGAGAAGUUUCUGGGUGGCAUCGGGACCCGGAGGAAGGACCGCAAGCCGGUGCGACCCAACGUCAUCGAGAGGACGCUGGACCCCAGUACAGAUGCCGGAUCGGACGUCAGCCGUAAGCUUGUUUCUGAGCUAAACUUCAAACCCUUCCAGAUGAAGACUUUCUUCCGACUUCCCUUCCCAGUGAACUAUGUGAGCGAGUGCAUCCGCGCCGUACCCUUCACACACCGGGACUACGCCAGCCUCUGCGUGCUGGCCCGCCUGAUGACCGCCAAGUACCUGCAUGGCGAGAUCCGGGAGAAGGGCGGGGCUUACGGCGGCGGCGCGCGGAUGGAUCACGGAGGACUGUUCGCCUUUUACUCAUACAGGGACCCGAGGUCGGUUCAGACCUUGUCCGUAUUCCGGGGAGGCGUGGAUUGGGCCAAAGCGGGUCAUUUCACCCAGCAGGACAUCGACGAGGCCAAGCUGUCCGUCUUCUCCAGCGUGGACGCCCCGAUUGCACCCUCAGAUAAAGGCAUGACCCGCUUCCUGAGUGGCGUCUCCGAUGAGCUGAAGCAGGCUUACAGAGAGCGACUGUUUGCCGUCUCACGCAAGGACCUGACCGACGUGACUAGCAGGUACCUCAGCCAAGGCCAGGGAACACGCAGCAUAGCCAUCCUGGGCCCGGAGAACGAGACCCUGAAGAAGGACCCUUCUUGGGUGGCUAAGUGAGUGCCGGCAGCAAGGCCACGGCGGAGUGUGAAGUUUCCACAGCGAUUCCAUGUCCUCGGAGAAUCGGGAUCCCAGGCCUGCCUGUAAUGCCACUAACGAUGCAAGAGUAACCACACUAAUGGUAGCAGAGAUCCCUCAGCCAGGCUGCGUUCAUGUAUGGUACAGACAAAAAUUAUAACGCACAUAGAAUCCAUGCCGUUUCAACAAUAAACCCACCGUUGUCUGUG